AAUCUUUGCUGUGCUUACUCAGAUUACAGCUGAAGAAGUAAAAGAUAACCGAGUCGUCAUAUUUGAAAUGGAAGCAAGGAAACUGGACAACAAGGAUUUUUUUGGCAAAUCAGAUCCUUAUUUGGAAUUCCACAAGCAGACAUCUGAAGGAAAUUGGGUGAUGGUACACAGAACAGAGGUUAUUAAAAAUAACUUGAAUCCUGUAUGGAGACCAUUCAAGAUCUCUCUCAAUUCUUUAUGUUAUGGCGAUAUGGACAAAACAAUAAAGGUAAUAUAUAGAAUAUAUUGGUGGAAUGUAUAUUUACUAUUUAGAAUUGAAAUGAAAUGAACAAACUGUAUUCCUUUGAGUAUUCCCAACUUAAAAUAUUUGUUUUGAGUGUAUAUGAGUUGUGAAUGUGCUAUUCCUAUUACAUAAUGUACAGUCCUGUUCUAUAAGUGGAGGAACAUUUUAAGCUGG